UUCUUAAGGAAUAAUUCGCUAUAGGGCCUCCGGUCAGUUCCGGCGUCUGCUACAACUGGGCUUUCUUCAAAGACUACUUCUUUCUUCUAGUAUACAUCCUAAUCUAAACGCCUUCCAGGUACGUCAUCGGAUUUCUUUAUAGCAGCUCUAGAACCCCACUGUUUGCUUCUAUGUGGAUGCUUUGCAAAAGGUUAACAGCUUGCCGCGUCAAUGGGCAUGGAACUCCUGUUGGUUUCUUCAUUACCCAGAUCAGGGUUAGGCUUUUUGCAGCAUCAUUCUCAACGGAUCAAUGUAGCGACAAUGGUAAACAGUCAUUUGCAGCCUCUUAUCUCAUGUCUUCGUGUGGAUUACCUGCAAAAGACGCUAUAUCUCUAUCUCGUAGGUUACAUUUCGAAUCUGCAGAGAAGCCUGAUUCCGUGAUUGCACUUCUUAGAAACCAUGGAUUCACUGAUACCCAUAUCUUUAAACUUGUUAAGUCAUGCCCGGAGUUACUUUCAUGUUCUAAUCCCUCAAAAACCCUUUUACCCAAGUUGAAUUUCUUUUAUUCAUUGGGCAUUUCAGGUACUGAACUCGCAUCUUUCUUGUGUUCAAGUGCGAAAGUUCUGAAAAUGAGCCUUGAGAAACGGAUUCUUCCUUUUCAUGAUUUCCUUAAAGACGUGAUUCGCUUGGAUGAUCUUAAAAUCGCUGAAUCUAUUAAGAAAGCAUCAUGGACAGACAACAAAGACGGUGUGAGAAGCUUAGCCACCAAUAUUGCACUCCUGAGGGAACUUGAUGUCCCUGAAACCCGGUUGGCACACUUAAUUACUGUUCAUAUUGGAAUCCUUCUCCGGAAGCCAAUUCAGUUUAAGGAAAAAGUGGAUGAGGUUGUUCAAAUGGGAUUUGAUUCCAAGAAAUCAUCCUUUUGCGACGCCUUAAUAAUGGUUUCUAAACUGAGUAUUCCUACUAGGGAACUUAAAGGACAAACUUAUGUCAAGUGUGGAUGGUCCGGAGAAGACCUUGAAACAGCUUUGAAAAAACAUCCUCUUUGUAUGCGAUUAUCCGAGGAAAGCAUAUGCAGUAAGAUGGGUUAUCUUGUUAACAAAAUGGGAGUGAAGCCGGCUGAUAUCGCAUCUGUUCCUACUGUUCUUCUCUACAGUCUGGAUAGAAGGGUAAUUCCAAGGUGUUCAAUUGUCAAAGUUCUGAUGAUUAGGGGAUUGUUGAACAAACAAGUCCCAAUCUCGUCUAUAUUGUGCACCAGUAAAAAGAUGUUUAGAGAAAGGUUCAUCUCAAAGUUUGAGAAAGAUAUUCCCCAAUUAGUAAAUAUCUUUCAAGGUGAAAUGGGUCUUUCUGAAAUCUCCAGCUUUGUCCGCGAAGAGGAAGCAAAAAUUUGCUGUUCUUGAAGAACUGGGGAGUAGUGUAGUAUAGUCAUCAUCAAUCUUGCUUCCUUCUGAUUCAUGUUGUUGUUAUCAAACGGAGAGAACUAAAUGCUCUAUGUUUACUAUUUUGAUUAACUCAAUUGCAAAGAUACAAUUUUGUUGUUCUAGAUUAAGAUUCUUCUCAAG